CUCCUUAAUACUGAAAGAUGGGUUUGAAGAUGGCAAUACUGAUCCUAGCCAUGUUCGCUAUGCUCCUUUUAGCCUCCUCAGAGGUGAAAUCCACCAAUGCAAAAGAGGUGACAAAUGGAGUUGGUGAAGCCAAAUAUCCUGGUGGAGGCUAUGGCGGCGGCUAUCCUGGUAAUGGCGGUGGCUAUCCUGGUCAUGGUGGUGACGGUCAUGGUGGUGGCUACCCUGCACGUGAUGUGGGCUGUCGUUUCGGCUGUUGCCGGUUUUUCAACGGACGUUGCAUAAGGUGCUGCUCUUACGCUGGUGAAGCUGUUGUUGCACAAACUCAGGAUGAGACUCAUAACUGAGACAACUCACGUCAACAACGUAGUACUUAAGAUAUUUUAUGAAUAAAACGUCGUGUCUAUAGUCAUGGAAUGUUCCAGUGACUUUUCUUAUGGGUUUAAGAGCAAAUUAAAGAGAUGAAUAUUAUGUAUGUUCUGCAAAUUCUAAUUUGUUCCAAAUA